AUGGAGCCAAUUCAAAAGAAAUUGGAAGAGCUCUCAAAAUUAGAUGAUAUCUCAAAUCAAUUAACCACACAAACAGAGGAGAUUAAAAAACAAUUGAUUGAAAAUAAACAAGAGAUAUCUGAGCUUGUAAAAAGGACAGAGAAAUUAGAAACAAGGACUGACCAUACAGAAGAUAAAUUACAAUUAGUUAAAGAUAAACAAAAAGAUCUGGAAGAAGCCGUGAUUAGGUUAGAGAUGGAGAAAGCCUCUUACAUAUUGCGAUUACAGAACUUUCCUGAGAAGAAGGGAGAAGAUUUGAGGCAAGAGCUGGGCCAGGCUUUGACAGAAUUUUUAGAGUUAGAAACCUCCUCAGAAGUUGAUAAAGACAUAGAAGCUAUAUACAGAGUAAAUUCUGCCUAUGCUAGGCGCAAUAAAGUUCCCAGAGAAGUACAAAUAAAAUUUUAUAGAAGAGAUUUAAAAGAUAACAUCCUGAAAACUGCAAGUGAAAAGACCCUCAAAGUUGGUGAGUCCCAGAUUAGAAUUUUAAGAGAAAUCCCAUGGAAGGUCAGGGAAAAGAGGUUUGAAUAUCAAACAUUAGUAGAGCUUUUGAAACAACAGAAUAUACAGUUCAGAUGGCUGAUACCGGAAGGGCUCUUCUUCAUCUACAAAGGGAAAAGAUACAAAAUAAACUCUUUAUUUAAGCUGGAAGAAUUUCUGGAGAAAAAUGGCAAAGAUUUAGGAUUCCAAGAGGAAGAAGAGGAAGAGGAAAAUACAACUGAAUCAGAAGAGGAGGCCCAGAAACAAGAGGUAGCAGCAAGCAAGUUAGAGGAGAGACCGAAAGCAAAACAGAAAAAAAGAAAAGAGAGACCCAGAUUCCCGUUCCUAAUGGUUACAAGACAAAACCCCAGAGACAAGAAGGAUCAGACAGAAGAAACUAGCAAUGAAUAA